AUGGCCGUACUGAUAACCGGCUGCGUCCUCCUGGUUGUUUUCCUCAGCCGCGAGUUCCCAACGGGGGACCCCGUGUUCUCGGUGGCCGUCACGGGCGUCGCGGGCCUGGACCCGCCGCGGGACCUCUCAUCGGCGUCGGCGGGCGACGGCACGCUCUCCCCGGCGUUCAACCUCACGCUGCACAUCGACAACACGCGCAACUCCCGGUACCGCGCGUGCGUCCCGGACCUCUCGACGGCGGCGGUGUCGUACGGGGACGCGGUCCUGGCGGCCAACGGCACCGUGCCGGCCUUCUGCGCCAAGGAGAAGCGCGAGAGCGAGCGCGUGGCGGCCAGGGCGUGGGGCGACGCCGUGGCGGUGCCGCGGUUCCUGCUGGAACAGAUGGCCGGCGAGCUGGCCGCGGGGGAGGCGGCGGUGGACGUCAAGGUGACCAUGCCGAGGUACUCUGCGCUGGGGACGUGCGGCGACGCGGUGCUGUCCUGCAAGGCCAAGAUCGGAGACGGAGCAGGGCCGUCGCCGCCCUCUAAACCCGUCCGGAGAGUUCUCUCCCGUCGGUACCUACCGUCACGAAGAGUUUUUCGGGCCUUCCCCCAGGAUGUCGCGCGCUCCUUGGAGCCUUUGGCGCGCAGAAACAGCCUCGCGCGCGCUCUCGCCCGCCAAAAAGUGACAAACGCGCGCCAAGGAGUCGAGCGAAAUUAUUUGGCCGCGCUCUCGCUCCUCCAAAACAGCCUCAGAGCCUAUCUUUUCGACCUUAUCCGUUCUCCCACCCGCGUCCAGCUCGGGUCGUCGCUCAAGCGCGUAGCGGCGGCGCGCAUCCACCAGCAGCGGCCCACCGCGGCGCCACCCCAGCCACGGUUGCUGCUUGCCGCGAACAGCCCCCUCCCCAUCCACCACUGCUUCCUGUUGCGACGCCGCCGGCCGCAACGUCGCUGGCCACCAGGGCUCCGCCAACCACCAGAGCGCCGGCGGCUGCAGUGCCUGCACCCAGUCACCAGCAACCCCACCCGCCGCCCUGUGGUGCUGCACGCCGACCUGAAGGGCAGCAGCCCCCUCCACUGUCUGGGAGCUUCUUUGUUGUUGCAGCACCAGACGAGGCAUCCUGGACCACCAAAUCUCUGGCAUCUGUCUGGAAAUAUUUGGCUCCCACUGACGGACAGCAAGGGAGAUACUAUAGAUGGAUCAUCUCGCGCUUCAGCCAACAUGGACAGGGACAACAGUGAUGGCCAUUGAGUUGUGUGGUGGCAGAAAGUAUUUUGUGAAGCCGUAGCCUUUUGUUUAUCUACUAUGCUGAUGGCAACAACCAGCAAGUUUGAAGGCCAUGCAUGUGUCAUGCUGGGUAUUUUGUGCAAGUGAGGUAUUUUGGUUGUGCAUGAGCCGCUGCAUAUAUAGUUUAUGAAGCAACAUAUGCAGAUUCCAUCAUGCUUCAAGGCAUGCAUGCUGGUUGUGGAGUAGCAGCUACUUGUUGCCUAUUUGCUGCACGAGUGCUUGUGCAGAAGUGGGUGCAUACUGCCAUCAAAGAGCAACUUGCUACUACUUGCAUACUUCCUGGGUCAAGGAAUGUCGUUUUUUGGCUAUCUUGUGCAGAACUGGCUGCGUACUGUCAUGAGAUAGCAGCUAGCUACCUAUAGUUGUGUUGGAGCAUAGAUACCACCUAGUUGUGAGUUAGCACUUUUAACUUGUGCUCCCUGUUAGGUACCUAACUAGAAGGCUGAUUAGGAGGCACCAAUUAUAUAUAUGUAAUCAUGAACAACUUGAAUGAUGUUCUAAGAUUAUGAAAUGUAAUAUUUAUUACUUCA